UUACGCCUCCCACCUUUUUUUCCCACCGCCCGUUCCCCUUUCUCUGCCAUUUUUUUCCCUUUCUUGUUUUCCCGUAAUUUUUUUGGUGUAUUUCCUUUGGGGCAUGGCGGACUCCUCUGCCCUCUGCUUCUUCUCCUCCUUCCACCCCUUCCACGCCCCCUCUUGCUCCCUCGUGGAAUUCUCCUCUCUUCCCAAGCUCUCUUUCCCUUCUUCUUCUUUUUCUUCUUCUUCUUCUUCUUGUUCUUCUCAUCCAAGAUUCUUGGUUCUCCGUCGCCGAUCCGCUUGCCUCGUGCGAUCCCGCGCCAAAGAUUCCAAUGAAGGUGGUUGUUUUGGGGAUGAUCCCUAUGGCCCGUACCCUUGGGAGUCUUCGCAAUCAUCUGAUGGUCCAACCAUUCAGUGGGUGCCUGAAGAUCGGAUCACCCUUUUUACUGCUGAAGGGCUUAUUCAGAUAGGAGGUUCCCUGGUUCCUCGUCGAUUUCCUGCUUCAGAUAAGAGCCAAGGAAAAUCAAAUGCAUCACAAAGAUUACAGCGCUAUCAGGAGAGUGAUUACAUGGAUCCCAACCAAGGGCUAUGUCUUGGUGCACUCUUUGACAUCGCAGCAACAAAUGGACUUGACAUGGGGAGAAGGUUAUGCAUCUUUGGGUUUUGCCGUUCAAUUGAAAUGCUAAGUGAUGUUGUGGAAGAUACAGUGUUAGAGCAUGGUGGUGAGGUUGUUGCUGCUGAAAAGGCAGCCGGUGGAGGGUUGCAGGAGAAGUUGACCAUGACUGUUGCAGUGCCAUUGCUUUGGGGUGUUCCUCCUGCAUCUGAGACGCUACACUUUGCGGUCAGGAGCGGUGGAGGUAUUGUGGAGAAGGUCUAUUGGCAGUGGGAUUUUUUGGAAAAACCCUAACCAUUUGUCCAUAUUGUAUAUAAUAUGUCAUUGUAAUUUGCUGAUUUGGGUCAUGGCAACUAUUCAUUCAUUGUCACGUCCGCUUGUAUUAGUUACCUGUACAAAAUUCCAAUUGGAAUAACUGCAGAUACUCUCUCUAUGCAUCUCAAAAAGAGCUGAUUAUUUUGUUGCCAUUC